UACGGUUAAACCAUCCGUUCCCCUGUUCCGUCCAUAGCCACUGCCACCAUCUCCCACCAGCUUCGCCCUCGCUGCUGCUCAUGCUCAGCUCCUCCCACAGCCUCCGGCCGUCGCCCCCGGCGGCGGCGGCGGCAGGCCCUGACAGUCGCCCUGGCUGCGCCGCGCGCGUCUCGCUCCGGCCCUGGGCCCAAGCCCCGCUCCGCCGCGCCGUCGCUGCGGGGGCGAGCGCCGGCGGCGAGGCGGCCGCCGCCGUGUCGGCGGUGAGCGCUGGAUCCACCGCGGCCGCCAAGAGGGACACGGUGCGGCGCCAUACGAUUUCGGUGUUCGUCGGGGACGAGAGCGGCAUGAUAAACCGGAUUGCAGGGGUGUUCGCCAGGAGAGGGUACAACAUCGAGUCACUCGCCGUGGGGCUGAACAAGGACAAGGCCCUCUUCACCAUCGUCGUCUCCGGGACGGAUAGGGUGCUCAAGCAAGUCAUUGAGCAGCUGAAUAAGCUCGUCAACGUCUUGAAUGUUGAAGAUCUAUCUAAGGAGCCACAGGUUGAGAGAGAGCUCAUGCUUAUAAAACUCAAUGUUGGACCAGACCAACGUGCUGAUGUCAUGUUUGUAGCUGAUGUUUUCAGAGCGAGAGUUGUUGAUAUUUCUGAGAACAGCCUAACCCUGGAGGUAACUGGAGAUCCUGGAAAAAUUGUUGCGGCACAAAGGAACCUAAGCAAAUUUGGGAUCGAAGAAAUCUGUAGGACGGGAAAAAUUGCUUUGACGCGUGAAAAGCUUGGAGCAACUGCCCGUUUCUGGGGAUUUUCUGCUGCUUCUUACCCAGACCUCAUAGAAGCAUUGCCCAAAAAUCCUCUUCUUACUUCGGUGAAAAAGACGGUUAAUGGCAGUUUUGACCAACCAUCGAGUGCUGGGGGUGAUGUUUAUCCUGUGGAACCUUAUGAGAGCUUGUCCAUGAACCAAGUACUUGAUGCCCAUUGGGGUGUUCUUGACGAUGAAGAUUCAAGCGGACUUUGCUCACAUACUCUCUCCAUCCUUGUGAAUGAUUGUCCUGGUGUCCUCAACAUUAUAACAGGGGUCUUUGCUCGCAGGGGCUACAGUAUACAGAGUCUUGCUGUUGGCCGAGCUGAAAAGGAAGGCAUUUCGCGUAUUACAACAGUUGUUCCUGGAACUGAUGAGUCCAUUGAGAAGUUAGUUCAGCAGCUCUACAAGCUUAUUGAUGUACAUAAGGUUCAUGACCUAACGCACUUACCUUUUGCCGAAAGAGAACUGAUGCUUAUUAAAGUAUCUGGAAACACUGCUGCUCGGAGGGAAAUACUAGAUAUUGGGGAAAUCUUCAGGGCAAAAUGUGUGGAUCUUUCUGAUCACACGGUUACGUUACAGCUUACCGGAGAUUUUGCCAAGAUGGUUGCACUACAAGGACUGUUGGAGCCUUAUGGCAUAUGUGAGGUCGCCAGAACAGGUCGAGUGGCGCUGGUCCGUGAAUCCGGGGUUGAUUCCAAGUACCUGCGUGGUUACUCUCAUCCACUGUAAUUCGAAGUUGUGUGUGACGGCCCAAUAGGCAAUAGGCCACUUUGGUUCGUUGAGCUGAGUAGAAUGUGUAGGCAGCUUUUCGUUCGGUCGUGUUCUUGUUUAGGAUGACUCUCGGUAGUGUCCCCCUGUUGUGGUGUGUUGAACCUCUGACUUGUCAAAUAAUUAUGCUCGGUAGAUGCAAGUUGGUGUUUGUCCAUGUAUUGUAAUGACAGACAGAGUAAGUGCAUGGUUCCUUGCCUCUUCAUUGCUUGUAACCUGUAACUGUCAGUUGGAACUAUCGCCAGCUAGAGGGUACUAUUGGAGCGUUUUAUGGUGCAUCGCAUAACAAAUAUGAAUAAGAGCAAUAUUCUACCUCA